GCGGAGACGACUACGACUACGGUGCACCGAGCUAUGAUGAUGGUGGCUUCGACAACAGCUACGACCUUCUGGCAGAAGGCGCUAACGGGGGGAAUGAAGAAGGCGCUGAGGAGGGAAACGAAGAAGUUCUAAUGAAUGGCGUAAACGGCAUGGACCAUGACCAGGAGAUGGCCAAUGGAGAGGCUGCUCAGCCAGAACAAUCGGCCGUACCUACGAGCGGCGAACGGCAGGCCAACAAAGAGCGCAUCACGACACCUUACUUGACCAAGUACGAGCGUGCACGAAUAUUGGGUACCAGAGCCUUGCAAAUCAGCAUGAACGCUCCGGUACUCGUCCCGCUCGAUGGUGAGACGGAUGCUUUACAAAUAGCAAUAAAAGAACUUUCUCAACGAAAAAUACCACUUAUCAUCCGACGGUACUUGCCAGACGGCAGCUUCGAAGAUUGGAGUGUUUCCGAGCUCAUUAGUGACUAGUGGCCUGGCUCAAUUUCGGGUGGUUUUGUGUUAUGCGUCACCGGGUCAUCAAUCCUGUCUUACGUUUCCAUCUGCUGUUAGUGCAAUAUAGCUUUUUCCACC